CGGAGCCGCGGGCGGAGGUCAGGGGGAGGCGGCCUGGCGUCCGAGCCGAGCGCCUGCGCCGAGCGGGAGCCGCGCCAAGCCCGAGCCGAGUCAGAGCGCGCGGCGGAGCCCGUGACCCGCGCCCGGCCCCGCGCCGCCGCGGCAGGCCCGGCAUGGAGGAGGAGUGCCGGGUGCUCUCCAUCCAGAGCCACGUCGUCCGCGGCUACGUGGGCAACCGGGCGGCCACGUUCCCGCUGCAGGUGCUGGGCUUUGAGAUCGAUGCGGUGAACUCCGUCCAGUUUUCCAACCACACAGGCUACGCUCACUGGAAGGGUCAGGUGCUGAACUCAGAUGAACUCCACGAGCUGUACGACGGCCUGAAGCUGAACAACGUGAACAAAUAUGACUACGUGCUCACAGGGUACACGAGGGACAAGUCGUUCCUGGCCAUGGUGGUGGACAUCGUGCAGGAGCUGAAGCAGCAGAACUCCAGGCUUGUGUACGUGUGUGACCCGGUCAUGGGCGACAAGUGGAACGGCGAAGGCUCGAUGUACGUCCCGGAGGACCUCCUUCCAGUGUACAGAGAGAAGGUCGUGCCGGUUGCAGACAUCAUCACCCCCAACCAGUUUGAGGCCGAGUUACUCAGCGGCCGGAAGAUCCACAGCCAGGAGGAGGCGUUGGCGGUGAUGGACAUACUGCACGCCAUGGGCCCCGACACGGUGGUCAUCACCAGCUCCGACCUGCCCUCCUCCCGAGGCAGCGACUACCUGAUCGCGCUGGGCAGCCAGCGGACGCGGAGGCCUGACGGCUCCACAGGGACCGAACGCAUCCGGAUGGACAUUCACAAGGUGGACGCCGUCUUUGUGGGCACCGGGGACCUCUUUGCUGCCAUGCUCCUGGCGUGGACACACAAGCACCCCAACAAUCUAAAGGUGGCCUGUGAGAAGACGGUAUCAGCCAUGCACCACGUCCUGCAGAGGACCAUCCAGUGUGCAAAAGCCCAAGCUGGGGAAGGACUGAGGCCCAACCCGGCCCAGCUGGAGCUGAGGAUGGUCCAGAGCAAAAAGGACAUCGAGGACCCAGAAAUCGUCGUCCAGGCCACAGUGCUGUGAGCCCGGCGUGCGCGCCCGCAACGCACAGCGUGUUGGUGUCUCCGUUCUUGUCCCUGUGAAACAUGUAACGUCUGCCUUAGAGCUAUGACCGAAACUUGACAUUUUUUUGUUCAUGAAUGUCCAGCAUCAACUGGUCUCCAUCGUGAACACGUGCCAGCUGCGCUUUGUAAACGGUAACAAAGCGAUCCCUCCCCUCCCCCAAGGCUAUCGGGCCGGGGGACACCAGUCCCCAUUUGCCAUCUGGGGGCGUCCCGCGUGAGAGGGUGGGCCCGCGAGGCCAGUGCCGCCACCCCGGGGAACCUCGCGGGGGCCACUGGUCGCUGCUGCCACACAGAAGCCCCGUGCCCAGUGGGCUGGGCUCAGGUGGCCUCUGUGUGUUUGCGGCUGUGAGAGUGGCGGGGUUUUAGCCUUGGCAUCUGGGAGAAUUCGCCAAAUACCUUCGUUGUCAUUCUGAUCUUACUCUUUGUUCCGGCAUCAGAGUUUCUGUCCCUUAACUUGCUGCUCUCUAGGGCCCUGGGUGUUUCAGGUCUCGUGCUGUUGUUUAACUGUGAACCUGCUCAGACACACACGGGUGCUGUGGUCACCUAGACAGGGACCCGGCCAGGGCCCAGCACAGUCGAGUUGGUCCACAGCCUCCCGGGUACCAGCGGGCCCCUGCGCCUUGUGGGCACCUCAUGGGCACCCGCUGAGCCAAGGGAGGGGCUGCUGAUAGGGUCAGGGUCGCUGCUGGGCCGCGGGCAGCUUGUGAAGUUCUGGGAAAAGCACCGUGUCGGGUUCCUUGUGGAAACUCACCUAGUGAUGGUAUGACAGGUUAAGCACCGAGUGUUUGCCGCAUACUGCUGGUGACAGUGCGUGGAGCCACAGUGCACGUGUACAGACAGGGACAGAGGACAGAGUCAGCCCUUGUCCCCUGCCCUCCCCUCCCUCCGCUCUGCGUUCUGUGCCAGCUCCAGCUCUCUGCCCUCUCUGGGGAGGGUGUUGGUAUGGGGGGGUACAGCUCUCAGACUCCGUGGGCAGGCUGGGACAGCAAAGGCCAGCUCUGACACAAGUGUAGUGGUCCACGGCUUGGUGUGACUUUCCUGGCCCCACUUUGCCCAGAGUUUGGGGUCCCCCUAGGUGUGGCUUCAGGUGGGGUGUGCCCAUCUCAGCCUGCCUUGAUCUCAAUACCCCACCCCAUCCCUGCACCCCAGUUCUGGGGGUACAGAGGUUUGCAUCUGGGGAACCCACAGCCUGGAGAGAAAUAGGGAGACUGCAGGGAAGUGGGAGCCCAUGUGGCCCCCGGAAAGUGGGCUCUCCCAGGGGUACCCCCACUCCAUGCCCCGCAGGCAGGCCUCUUCCAGAGCCUGCACCCUCUUCUAGUGCAGUUCCGGUGUCUUCCAGAAGGACUCACUUAGCAGUUGCGCAUCCUUCACCUUGUUGGAAAAUGCCCUGAAAUGAAGAGAUGCUGGUCCAUGUGGAACUCGCGGCCCUUCCACUCUUUCUUGCCCACGUCGCUCCCUUCCGAAAGUGUUCACGCCCGUGCGUUCGUGUGCCCUGACAGCUGUGCGCGGGGCCAGGGUGUCCGGCUCCCCCACCAAGGCCGGGGCAGUGGCCUCCCCACAGGCGAGCACAGGGACCAGCCAGAGUCACCAGGCCCUUGGCCUUUGUGGGGCCUUUAACUGGAAACGCCGUCACUGCCAAGUAGAGACUGGGGCACGUGCCACGUUGCCAGCCGUGAGCAAAGCUUUUUCCCCCCUUCUUUAUUUUUUAUAUCAAGAGCAGGUGUAGGACUAGGAAAAGAACCUAAACGUGUCUGUCUUCAAUGAGACGGUGAAACACCCUGAAAAUACGGCGUUGGGUGCAGGCCCUGUGUGUGCGGUGGACUGACCUGAGGCCAGUGUGCUCCGGCGAACGCGGUUCCAUCCUGGUUCUGUCAGUCUCACUGCAGAGGCCGAGUCCCCACCUGAGUUUAAUUCUUUUAUUUCUCUGUGCUGGGCACAGAAGGACGAGAAUUGUUGCACCGCGAGAGCUUCCUGUCAAAUCGUGGACUCCCUGGCACAGUCGGAACCCUCCUCUUCUGUCUCCUUUGGCUGCACAGACCAGACCAGGAGAGGUUGAGGCUGAGCCUCGUGGUUAGGCAGCAGGAAACGGGGGGUUUCUGAGAGUGCAGGCGCCUUGGUGGGGCACAGGGCUUUUGUAGAAGCAGCGUCCGAUGUUCCGCUCCUCCGGGCACGGCUGUCCCAGUCACCGCCGCGUGGGCACACUCGGUCUCCGGCUUGAGCGGGGGCCCUGGGUGGUCUUGAUUUACACUUUGCUGUCCGAGAAGUUAACCACAGGCAUUGGCAGUGGUUCUUGAUGCGGCUUGGAUUCACAUUAGAAUUAAUCUUUGUUUUUACUUUCCAUAGUUUGAUAACAUGCAAAAUAAUAAUUUAUUUUAAUGUGAGAGCUGUAUUAGCCCAGAAUCGCCUGCUUGUUAUCAGGGUACAGAAUUUUAAUACUUUCUUAUUCCGGUUUUUCAAGCCUCCUCCUGUAGACCUUAAGGAUGAAUUAUACAACACUAUCCUUUUUAAAAUCAACUUGAAAUCAUUACCUAGUCCUGCUGAGGUCACUGUGAGCAUCUGUGUUAUUUUUGCGACGUAUGUCAGUGAUUGUAAAAGUGAUGCUUUGUUUAAUGUCGUGUUCUCAAACUUGUUAGGACCAGUUUUUAAAACGUUUCAUUUGACAGUGGACUGAGCCAGGCUUGGCUGUCCCCCCAAUGAGCAAGUGAGAUUGUUCUGUGCAGAGAACACCGGGCCUGCCAGGCAGGUGCCCGGGUCCCUGGUCUGACAGUCCCCAGCACUGCGUCAUCUGUGAUGAGAAGAUCAAGGACAUGUGUGGGCGUGCAGGGUGGGGUCGGCCCCAAGGAGGAAGAGGCAGGUGGGACAGGGUGGUGGGCUCGGCCGUUGCAUCCCUGGCGCCAGCACGGCCCCUCACCCUGCACGUCUGCCUCCCGGGGCGCGAGCCUCAUGGCCUCUCUUUAGUUGACAUGUACAAAAAGGGGUGAGAACAUUCCGGCCCUGGGACCCUUCUUCUGGCCCUUCCUGCCCUCUGGCAGGGGCACUGGGGUCCAUAUAUUGAUGUGUGUAAUACAUGCUGAUCCGGGGCCCCGCCGCGUGGCAGGACUGUGUUCUGCUCAGCAGCUGGGAAUCCUGCCCCCUCCCCUGCCACCCGCCUGGUUCGAAGGCCUCCUUCACGCACCUCUUCCCGUGGGUUGGGGGGCCGCUCAGGACCCCUCCCAAGCACCUGUCCGAGCCCAGAGAGAGCAGACUGGAGUGUGAGUGAGCAGAGUGGGUCGUGCAGGCAGAGACUCGGACUCUGGUCCUGAGUUCUGAUGGGAGACAGACGCCACUGGGUGCUGUAGGGGCGCAGCUCCGCCUUGUUUUCACCCUGCGCCCCUCUUGCCAGGGCAGAGUGCCGGCCUCGGUCUGUCCGAGGAGCACGUCACAGGUGCCAACCACCAGGACCAAGUGGGCUCUCAGAAGGCCCCCAGGCCCAGCUCCCCUGCCCGAAGCUCCGUGGUCAGCCCAGACCCAGGGGAGCCUGGAACUUGCCCGGCUGGUUCGGGUGGACUCUGUCCCCUUGGGGCUCCGGCACCGGGAGGAGGCUCCAGCCGUGCAGCCCUGGAGCUGUGGGCAGAGCAGGGCCUGUCCUGUGCGUCCCUCCCGCGGUCCCUUCCCGACGGGUGUGGCAUCAGUGCAGGUGCUGGCUGGCAGGCCCUGCAUGCGGGGGGGGUUUAGGAACCUGUGUCCUUUCUGGAGAUACUUCCUGCCACUUCAGGGGUCUCUGCGUCCGCCCUCCCCUCGGGAGAUUAAACAUUAGCUGCCUUUUGGGGGAUUUUUUUUUAAGUAUCUGCAUCUCUGUGAGGUGAUAGGGACCGGCGUGCGUGGUCUGCGGGGCCUUCUGCUUGGGCCCCCGGGCGCCGCCGCCCCCGCGGGGCGUUCGUGGUGUGUGUCUUCCCGUCCACUCUGCGGUGUGUUCUCCGUGUGGAAUGUCUUCUGUUCCCAGUGUGAAGACGGUGAUUGAGAAAGUGUCUUAACCGCAUUCCUGCCUUCCGUCCUAACACAAGGCAUUCCCUUGUUGAAAACAGAAUUUAAUAACUUUAGAUCUGACUUAGUGAAUACUUUAAACUUUGUGUUAAUGGAAAGUGCUUCCUGGAGUUGUUUUUUUUUUUUUUUUUAAUUCUGGCAGAAUAAACAGAUGUUUUUAAAGUUUUCCCACUGUGAGAGCCACCCAGGGCCCUGUCCUCAGCAGGAGGGCGUGGCUGGGGAACGCCAGCCCCAGGUUGCCAUGGUGAACAGCACUCCACGUACCAGCCUCUCCUCUGUCCCUUCCCCGGUGUGCUGUGGAGAAAGUCCUGAUCUUUGUGCAAUAGGAAACCCACUCCAAAUGCCUUCCGGUGCGGGGGACACUGCCCCUGGCUGCUGAGGCGUGGCUGUCCUGCCAGUCAGUUCUGAAACCGGGAGCAAGGCCGCCCAUGCCAGCGGAGUUGGGCGGCGGGAACAGAGGAGGGAGGGAGGGCCACCCUGAGCCCGUGCUUGGAAGCCCCCAAAAAGGCCUUGGAAGUGACUGGGAAAACUCGCCCUAAGUAAAGCCAUCCUGGCCCCUCACUGUGCUGCGGGGUGCGUCAGCUGUGUUUGAAGCCACUAGAGUCAUUGUGGCCCGAGAUGCAGCUCCUGGAAAGGAGGGAGGGCGUGGGGCUGGGGGGAUUCGGCCUGUCCUGGAGAGUGACGGGGAGGUGAGGACACCUGUGUCACAGCUCCAGACACAGGAGAUCCCACAGGCGUCGGAAACCCCUUUUGUGGCGAUGGGAGGUGCAGGUGUUAGUGUUUGGGGGAUGGGAGUGAAUCCCUGGUUUGCUGCACGGAGCCCUGCGGUCCCGGAGCCCUGCGGUUGGGGCGUGUGUGGGUGGCAGUUUGAACUCCUUCAACUUUGUAGCUGCUUCAUUCCUGAUUUAGAACUUGAGCUGGAAUUUCAUCCAAUUGUUGCAAAACUGGACCAACAGAAGGACUGAGGAGCUGCCCCGUCCUCCCCUUGAAAGGAGCUCAGCCCUCUGGAGGCUCCUGAGCUCGGAACAAAGCACACAUCACCCCCGUGGCCCCGCUGCGAGGGGCGUCCCUGAGGUUCGGGGUGGUUCCUGCAGCCCUCGGGCGCCAGCCCUCCGUGCGUUCCGUGUGAGUGUGUGUGUCCGCCUCGCGUAGGCCGUGUCUGUUUUGUGCUGGUCCUGUUGACUUCUGUGAUUAUCCACAAAUAAAUAUUUUCGUGGCGA